CAUGUGCUCUCUCCACCCGUCCACUCACCUGCUACAUCCGUCGCCAGCUUGCAAAUGGCACACGUAGACGACAACGUGGCUGCUCAAGUACCUACCUGGCUAUGUAUGUUUCAAUACCUGCUGGACCUGCCAGACCAGCAGCCCUGCCUCUAUAUAUAGGGAUGGCUCCAAUGCUGCAGUUGUUUCGUUCGUUGCGGUACAUACUCAAGUACAUAUGUAGCUAUAUACGAUCCAUUCUCGUGUCAGACAGCCGGCUUACCAUUGCUAAAUUGCUUGGGGUUAAGCACACAAUCCGCUAUAAGAUUGCCUGCCUAUGCACACACACACACAUAGACAGAUACUACUCCAAGCACAAGCAUCUGAAGGAUCAAAGGCCCACGGCCCCACCUAGGCCGGAUGCUUCACGAGCAGCGGCUUUUCUCUCGACUGACAUGUCGCUUCUGAUGAUAUCAACCAGAAUUUCUUUCCUUUUGCUCGGCAUCUUUCGACCUGGCUAGUUGUCCACCAUUCCGUCACACCGUGGCCAAAUCCACCAUCUAUCGCGAGACUCCAUGGAUGGAUCAUCGUCGGGCCCAAGCUGCCUCGCCAUGCCAGCCAUGGGGAAUUUCUCCACCAAGGCCCGUCUCGGCCAAAGCAAGCGCCUCACUACAGCGGAACGUACAGUAGUUGCCGCCGCCUUGAUGUCUGUCCGUCAGACUCUGUCUGUACCUAUGCCUCUGUUCGCGCCUCGCUUCUAGGUAUUCAGUAUGCAUGUAUUGGUUGCAUCAACGUCCAUCCUCCUCUUCAUGCCAAUCCAUGGAUUGGCAUGAGUCAUUCAGCCCCCAUUCACUGUCUGCCCUUUUACUAUUACUUUUUCUUUUCUUUUCUUUUCUUUCACUUUGCUUCCCCCUCCUUUUGUCCCUCGCUCUUCAAAAACAUCCAUCCUUGGAAGGGGGGCAGUAGCAACCGUCGUGUUUCGCCUCUCACUUGGUCGUCGUUGCCUUUUCGGCUUGUCUGCCCGUUGGUUCGCUUUCCCUUCCCCCCUGUCACCAAACGCUUUUCGAAUACCACCACCACCACCCACUCUGCCCAUGAGCUCUAAAUUCUACCAAGUGACCACAGCAAACAUUCCAAAGAGCAGCGCCCCUCGCUGGCCGCCAGAUCGUCUGUCCCUCUCGUCUCAGCAUGAUCCCGCACCUCUACCAAACAUCUCCGUGCGCCGUCGCGUCACGUACGCGCGCCAAAUAAUUGCCAAGGUACCCAAGAUAGUGCACGACACUCCAUCCUUCUACGCCUCUGAGCAGUAUGCGGUCCUCGGGCGAGUCUGCGACCGAUCCCAACGACACGACAACCUUGCAACGGGCUCUGGGCAGCUUGGGUGGGGGGCGGAGGUCGUGGAUGCUCCCGACACCACAAACUCACCCUCCGAAUGCCCCUCUACGCCAUCCGAACUCCCUCCAGAUAUCCACUCAAUUCCACCACCAUGCUGCCAUUCCAGCCCAGCAGCAGCACCGCCUGCAGCAACCACAACCACAACCACAAUCACCGUCGCUGCCUUCGCCAGCAUCUGCUCACGCCCCACCAUCUUUCGCCUACCCGAACGCCAACUCUCCCCAGCUCACCAACGUCCUCACCUCCCAGUCCAACCUACCCUCGCCUGCCGCCGUUGUACCUUCUUCUGCUGCCAACGAUGGCGACGGCAUCCCUCGAAUGUCUGACUCAGGUUCUCCUUUCAACUCUCAAUUGAGACUUGCCCCCGAGCAUCGCUUCAUGGAAGGAGCCCGUCAAGCAGUUGCCGCAGGCCAGAAAAGGCCCUCUGAUUCCGCCACUGCAUCUCGUCCUGCCCCUGUCAAUCCUCGCCACAUGCUACCCUCCCAACCGCCAUCAGCAGCUGCAACCCCGACAACCACACCCCCGCAACAUGCACCGCAGCAUGCACCGCAACACGCCGUGGGUAGUUCUUCUGGGGUGCAAGCAAUUCUGCCGUGGUACCAUAAGCGGUACGCCAUGAUGCAAAUACAUCGCCACCGUCAAAAUCUUGUAGCUCGCGAUUCUCCCCCGAUAGACGACUUGCGAUUGACUGCGGUGGAAAAGGCGCUUGAGAUUGACGACGACUUGUUUCUCUUCAUCCACCAGUUACAUUGUUUGGAAACCUGCCAGCCUGAGGAUUGGCCGGCGACCUUCAAACAACACCCGAAUCGGUUCGCUCCCAUGACUCUGCUCACUAGGGCUUUGGGCUCAAACAACGAAGUGUCUUCCUUUACCAUAAGCUUCCUCGCAAAUUUCCCAGAGCCACUCUCGAAGCUGGCCAUGUUGCAGCCCGAACGCUACAACCAACUCAAGGCGUACGCUUUGGUCUUCUUUGAUAGAUCGCAAAGAUGGUUUGCAGCUGGACAAGUGCUGGAGACCUUCUUUAUACAUCGCAACUACCCGCCCCUGGUGCGGGAACUGGCCAUUGAUCUCGGCAUCUACUCCCCUCAAUUGCAGCACACAGUUUUCACCGCGGUUUUGCGCCACAUGUGGAUGGAGUGGGGAGGUUCACAGGGAGCACAUAGGGCGAAGUUUGAAGCUGAAGCCUGGUCCAUCUUAGGAAAAAACCAGAGCACUCUUGAGUAUUCGCUAUACAGUGGCGGGGAACCGACUUCCCCCGAAGUGGAACAUGGGUUGCGCGAAAGAGAAACGCGUACUUGGGGGACUCGCUUGCACACACUUUGCGAGCAAUGGCGAGCCCGGGUACGCAUUUCUCUUGGACCAUCAUAUGGCUCCGGUCUCGCGCCAUACCAGGCCAUGUUGCAGUAUCAUCAACAGUAUUCAUCAAUGCAGCCCCAGCAACAGCAGCAGCAGACAAUACAGCAGCCGGAACCACAGCAGCAGCGGAUGAGACAACAGCCACAAACACAGCAGCAGCAGCAGCAGACAAUACAGCAGCCGGAACCACAGCAUCAGCAGAUGAGACAACAGCCACGUCCACAGCAGCAGCAGCAGCAGACAAUACAACAGCCACAACCACAGCAGCAGCAGAUGAGACAACGGCCAGAACAACAGCAGCAGCAGACAAUACAGCCACAACCACAGCAGCAGCAGAUGAGACAACAGCCAGAACUACAGCAGCAGCAGCAGACGACGCAGCAGCUAAUACAACAGCUAGAACUACAGCAGCAGCAGCAGCAGCAGCAGCAGCAGCAGACAAUACAACAGCCGGAACCACAGCAGCAGCAGACAAUACACCAGACGCAAAUAAGACAACAGCCCCAACCACAGCAGCAGAUAAGUCAGCAACAGCAGCCAGCCGUGGGACAGAUGUCCGUUCCAACCCAAAUGCUUGCGCCCGCGGCCAACCCCACUCUCGCGUCUCAUACACAACCCUCCAACCAUGCAGCACCUCCCUCAGCUAUGGCGGUUCGCCCACCGGGCCGUCCUCCACGCCAGCACGGAGAUCAAGCGCGGAUGCAAACAUUGCCAACGAAUCGCAAUGCGGAGGAAGUCCCAACCUCGGAUCAAUUAUUUCCCCCUAAGGAUUACGCUCGGCUACCACAGCAACGCAUACCACAGCCUUUCCGGUUCGCCCUCCACCAAGCCCAUCUGAGGAGUCCGACGUUAGUGUCGCGGGAAAUUGGUGGCGUAAGGUUCUAUCAGCAUGUCAAGGAGUUCUUUACAGCGCCUAGACGUCUCACCGAAGCCGGCCGCAAGGUCGAGAAAUGGACGUUCACUCUUUCUCGCGACGAGAUGGAGACAAUCCCAGUCGUCCUUGACGGCGACGCCGGGGCGCCUCUGGAGCGGCAAAUCAACGAAAAUAGCUCAAUGUUCAGGCUUCGGUGCGUCAAAUGGCUACCGCAAAAUCUUCCCAAUGAGCACGCGUGGUCAGUUGCCGAUACAGGUUGGAUCCCGUCUUCCUACUUCGUCAUCAAUGGCCACCAUCUACAGCAACGCAAAAAGCUGCACCAUGGAAAGGACAUGCCCAUUGAUCUUACGACGUUUCUCAAGGAGGGUGAGAACGUGCUGGAGAUUGCGAUCAAUCGGAAACUGGAGGACAAACGCUAUCUCAAUUACUUGGUUGCAAUCGAGACCCUCGGUUUCAGCAGUCAUGAUUAUGUUAUCAGCAGUUGCCAGGAUGUUCGCCACAUCAGUGCUGUCGAAAGCAAAGCCGAUAUCAUGAAGAAAUUGAGCACCUCUGGCGAUGACGACGACGACGACGAUGACAUUACUAUUGUCGAAACUAAUCUCACGAUCAAUCUCACAGAUCCAUUCAGCGGUGCCAAUCUGUGCGGAAUACCUGCCCGCAGUCAGGCUUGCUUGCACCACGAUUGCUUUGAUCUCGAAACUUUUCUGGAAACGCGGAGCCGGAAGGGAGAUGCUACGACGGCAGAUGUUUGGAAAUGCCCCAUUUGCAACGGCGACGCCCGGCCUCAGCACCUUGUUGUGGAUGGCUUUAUUGAGCAAGUGCGUGACGAAUUGCAGCGGCAAGGCUUGCGUGACACGAGAGCCAUCAUCAUAGACCAAUUUGGCAAGUGGAAGCCAAGAGUCGAGGUACUGCAAGGCGUGCCGGAGCGACGGACCCCCAUCCAGGAGAACUUCAAUGCUACCAACCGUGUCAUCGAUCUGAGUGAUUGA